CCGCUCUUCGGAUAAACUGGAAAAAUAGAGUAAAACUACAACACACGACUUUAGUUCAGAACUGAAACAGAAAGGGGAGCAAACCAAAUACACGGUUCUUGAGCCUCCGCAGGGACCGUGGCUAGAGUCAAUUGCUUCUGCAAACAGCUUGUGGAGCUUCUUGAGAUGGUAGAAUAUUCCUGAAAUUGGAGAAAGAGGCAUUAGGAGGCACUGAUUUCUUGUUCUUCGCCAAUAUAGGGGACAUUGUUUGCAUCUGUACCCUUAAUUUGGGAAAUUAAAAGGUUUUGCUUAGGGAUUAUCCGCUAUAAUCGACGUAAAAUGAAAAGUUAAUAGCUUCUCAACAUUUUUUUCCCCUUUCUGGUUUAGAUUUAGAAAUAUGCUGCUGUGCCAGGGCUUUUUUACCCACCCUUUUGACAAAUUCUCACAUGGGUGUGGGGGCGGGUGGGACCCAAGGUGAAUUUAAAAUGCAAGAAAAGGCCCCACCGACCCCCAAAUGUGAGAAUAGAUCAGGGAGGGUGUCAAAACCCUCCCUGGCACAGCAGCAUGGUUCUUUCUUGAACUGUAUAUAUGUAUGGUAUUCUGUCUUGCUGCUCUAGAUUGGAGUCCAAAGCUUGUUUAAUGUCUAAUUGCACUGUAAAUGAAUCGAAUUUGAACGUGUUCGCCGGCUCAGUAUGUUAAUGCAAUGAUUAAUCAGAUAAAAUACUAAAAGUUUGUGGAGAGUGGGCUUGACUAAAACAAGACUUACUAUGUUUAUGUAAACCUUCAUUUGCUAUCCCAAUGAAUUCUGUCGUGGAUAAGUUUGAUUAUACAGUCUUUCUUUCUCUGGAAAAAAUCCAUAAGCUUGUGAUUAAUUUGGCUAAAUUGGUUGCUGACGAUCUGUUUCCUUUGGGCUUUUCUUGGAGGUACUUUGAGUCAAUCGGAGUGGAGAAAAAUUAAUUCAAAUAGUCAACAAGAUGUUCAUUGGAUAUAAGACUUAGCUUGUUGUUGCAUUUCUGUUGUAUGUCAAUGAUUGUGUUUCUUCCAUAGUUACUUGAUGAUAGAAAUUGGCAAUUUUUUUUUGCCCCUUUUAAGUGUCAGUAGACUCAGUACAGAAUUUGACUCAUGGGUUUGCCGAGAUUUACACGUCCCAAGGGAGGGGAUGGCGAGUCAAGUCCAAACCUCUAUGUAGCUAACUGUGGGCCUGCAGUUGGACUUUCAUUUGAAACUAUCAUGUCCGUGUUUGGUACGUAUGGUGAAGUUAAGGGAGUUUAUGCAGCAGAUGAGAGUGGAACUCGUGUUAUUGUCUCCUAUUAUGAGGAAAGUAGCGCACAAGCAGCACUGAAGGAAUUAGAUGGACACCCAUGUGCUAAUCUUGGAGGCCGUUCGUUGCACAUUCGCUAUUCUGCACAAUCAUUGGGCAAGGUUAAGGUCAAUGACACUAUUGCAGUAUCAACAUCAGCUUCAGAUUUAAAGGUUCCUGGUGUUUACUUAGUGCAUGACUUUGUCACUGCUAAAGAAGAGGAGGAAUUACUUGCAGCAGUGGAUAGUCAGCCAUGGCAACAUCUUGCCAAAAGAAGAGUUCAGCAUUAUGGGUAUGAGUUCCGUUAUGAUAUAAGGAAUGUUAACACAAAGCAAUACUUAGGUGAUCUUCCAUCCUUUGUGUCUCCAGUACUUGGUAGGAUCAAAAUGUUUCAAAAAUUUGACUCUUCUGUGGAUGUAUGUGUGGAUCAAUUAACGGUCAAUGAAUAUCCACCUGGGGUUGGUUUGUCUCCACAUAUAGACACCCAUUCAGCAUUUGAGGGAUCGAUUUUCAGCCUUUCAUUGGCUGGCCCUUGCAUCAUGGAAUUCAGACUGUAUUCAAAAGGUGUUUGGCUGUCGACAUAUACUUCCAGUUUUGAUGCAGAGGAGCAAAUAUGUGAAAAUAGCUCAAAUUUUUUGCGGAAAGCUAUUUAUCUUCCACCUCGAUCAAUGUUAUUGUUAUCUGGAGAGGGCCGAUAUGCUUGGCAUCAUUACAUUCCACACCACAAGGUGGACAAAGUGAAGGACAGUGAAAUCCGGAGGGGCCCAAGGAGAGUGUCCCUUACAUUACGCAAGGUCAGGAAAGGUCCUUGCCAAUGUGAAUUUCCUCAGUAUUGUGAUUCUCAAAAUUAGGAGGAUUUUUAAUCUUGGCGCAUACUGUGACUGGUGACCCUAUAGAUUGGUUGAUACAGGGAAUUUGAGUUCCAUGAGAAUCUGAAUCUCUGAUCUUCCCUCUUACCAGAAUUGUGAUUCCUAUCAUAGAUUAUGGGAAUGAGUUAUUAUGAUUAUGUUAAAGUGAAGAAUUUACAUCAGAACAGGAAGCAUUUCAUGCAGAUAUACACUAUGAAUUAACUUAUUUAGCCUUUUCAAAUAAGAAGAUGACAAUUACUGACAAAGAUAGGAGGGAAAAGCGAUAGUUUUCGAAUAUUUGUUGAAUAUUUUUGCACUAUGCAAUAAAAUUCUUUAAAUUGUUUUGCCA